AUGCCCAACCUUCGAAGAAUACCAAACCAAUAUUUGCCUUCCACCAAUCUCUCCGUCUCUCUUCCUACGUUGCAGAAACCAAAACUGGGAAACUAUCCCUUUCCUUCUCCCUCAAUCUCUCCCUCCUCGGCAUCACUGCCCAAGCAAAGCAUCCAGCCUCUCCUCUAUAUCACCAUCAACCAUGUCUCAUCCAACACACAAACCUCAGCUCCCGAAACCUACCGACCGUAUUCUUCUGCUUCUUUGUUUUUCUCUCUUUACACUUCAGAAUGACCACGGAACAACCGGGGAAUCCCAUGCCGGUGGGGGUGACUCGUUCGAAGUACUCGAACCGGGUGGUCUUGAAAACUAUACUGGAACGUAGUGAUGGCGGACUGGCACUGGUUGGUGUGAGAGUUGUGAUAGGAGGGUGGGUGAAGGCUUCCAAGGAGGUCACGAAGGAGUCUUUGCCGCCGCCACCUCCUCCGUCUCUGCCGCAGCAAAAGACAGAUGAUGGGAUUGGGGAAACGGAGCCAAAAGAUUCAAGCUGUAUGGAAAUUCUUCAGUCUCGGAUACCUUUUUUACGGUCGAUUAUGAAAGGUUUAGGUUGUCAUGGGAAUUACAAACUUCGCGAAAAUUCGAAGCCAUUGAUCACCACUCCCCUUCCCCCGCUCCCGCUCCCGCUCCCGCCCCAGCCCCAGCCCCCUUCCUCGUCCUCGAUUGCUUUCUUGCGAGUUAGUGAUGGUUCAUGUGUUGCAAGUCUUCAGGUUGUUGUAGAUUCUUCUAUAGUUCCCCUCAGCCAGCUCCUGCAUAUUGGAACCUCUAUACUGGUGGAAGGUUUAUUGGGGCAGCCAUCAGUAGAGGGAAAACAUGUAAUCGAGCUUAAAGCGGAGAAAAUUCUUUACAUAGGGACAGUGGAACAUGACAAGUAUCCGUUAUCAAUGAAAAAGUUACCAUUUGAAAGGUCGAGGGAUUAUUCCCAGUUUCGACCUCGGACAACUACGGUGGCAUCUGUUACAAGAAUCAGUAGUGCUCUGACUCUCGCAACUCACAUAUUCUUCCAACACCAAGGGUUCCUUCACAUGCAUGCUCCUGUUAUCACGACCACAGAUUGUGAAGGAUUCACUGAAAAAUUCCAGGUUACAACCCUUCUUGGCAAAGUAGAUAAAACAGAGAAGCCCGUUAUGGAAACUGAAGGUGUUAGCCUUGAAGUUAUCAAGUCUGCUGCAAAGGAGAAAACUAUGCUAGUUGAGGAACUACAGAGGAGUGGAAGCAAUAAGGAAGCGCUGGCUGCCGCACUUAUAGACUUAAGGAAAACAAAUGAACUAGCAUCACAGUUCGAAGCAAGAGAAAAAUCAAAACCAGAAACGUCACUAAAGGCCGUUAAAUUAAACUUUUCUGAAGAUUUCUUCUCCUGCCAAACUUAUCUGACUGUUUCUGGUCGCCUUCACCUGGAGAGCUAUGCUUGUGCCCUUGGAAAUGUUUACUCAGUUGGACCAAGAUUUCGGGCGGAUUGUGCAGGAAAUGUUGCGGAGAGGUCAGUGAUUGAGAUUGAAAUGGCAUUUUCACAGUUAGAGGAUGCCAUGAGCUGUGCAGAUGACUUUUUCAAGUUCCUCUGCAAAUGGGUUUUGGAUAAUUGUCCCAAAGAUAUGAAAUUUGUUUCAAAACGAAUUGACAAAACCUGCAUGGAUCAACUUCAGUCAUUGAUAUCCGGUAAAGUUGAAAAGAUCUCCUAUGCUGAAGCAGUAGAUGUUUUAGGAAAGGUUGAAGAUAAGAAGUUUGAAAUAGAACUUAAGUGGGGGUCUGCUCUCACAGCAGAGCAUCUAAGUUAUUUGGUAGAGGUGAUCCAUAAGAAACCUGUAAUGAUAUACAAUUAUCCAAAAGAAGUUAAGCCAUUUUAUGCACGCUUGAAUGAUGACGGAAAAACUGUUGCAGCAUUUGAUCUGGUUGUACCAAAGGCAAGAACGUUAAUUUCGGGUAGCCAAAAUGAGGAGCGCUUGGAUAUGUUAAGUUCAAGAAUAAAGGAAUUGGGGUUGCCAAGAGAGCAGUACGAGUGGUACUUAGAUCUUCGCAGGCAUGGAACAGUUGAGCAUUCUGGAUUCAGUCUUGGGUUGGACCAAAUGAUUCUCUUCACCACUGGGUUGAGUGAUGCUAGAGAUGUUAUCCCUUUUCCCAGAAGCUAUGCCCAAGCCGACAACUAAUCGGUUUUAGGUGGAAAAUUCACUUCAGAAGUGAAGAUUCUCUACGUCAAACUGCCCUAGCAUUUAAUACAGUGAAACUAUAGUUAAUCUUUCUGCCAUUGAAUUCUCAUAUCAUCUCAUCAAAUGCAUAAAUGUGUACAGGAAAAAUUUAUAAUAAAA